AAUGGCUCUGCAACUUUCCUCCGCGCGAUUCCCUCGAAUACUGCCGCGAUUUCCGAAAUCAGCAAGAUUUUUCAGCAUGAGUCUCUCCACACAACCUUCAGUUUUAUUUUCCGCUGCGCUUCGUCCGGCCGCUUUUACUCUGAACGUACCUGGUAUUUUAUCGGAUUUAUGGGAGUUUGUGCUCCGAGCUGUCCCCAAAAAGAAGACAUCCCACAUGAAGAAGCGACAUAGGCAGAUGGCUGGCAAGGCUCUGAAGGACGUCAAGAACCUCAACACCUGCCCCUCAUGUGGACAAAUCAAACGCUCUCAUGUUCUAUGCCAACACUGCGUUGAGAAUAUCAAGAAACAAUGGGGUAAAACUCAAUUGGCGUGAAGUGCACCCAUUCCUUUGAAAACGGGGUGACGAUAAAUCAAGAAAUGUCAAGGUUGAACCCAUGACCAGGUUGUAUAUGUAUAGAUAUCACAUGUGUGCGGUGCAUGACUUUUCGGCGUUUGGAUUAGCAAUGGGAU